AUGGAUGUAGACCUGAUAAAGUCUGCAACAGAAGAUCAAGUGGAGAUGAUGAUGAUGAUGCACAUGGGCAAGCUCCCUGAAUUCUCUGGACUCUACCCAGAAGUAGUUUCUGAAUUACCAUCUUUAAUGGAGUUCUCAUGCCCUAAUGGUACCAGCAUUGGACCCUCACCAAUCAUCUUUGAUAACCCACAUGUGCCUUCUUCUUCAUCAGUUUUACCCAAUCCACCUUCCACCAUUACAUUCAUGGGCACUGCAGCUCAAGAAGCAUUUCGCAAUCCCAUGACAGGGUGGUUACGAAAUUCCGGUGAAAUAGAACUAUCUGGUAGUGUAAGUCUGUCACAGAAGAAGAAUUCAAUGGCAGCAAUGAGGGAGAUGAUCUUCCGAAUUGCCGCAAUGCAACCGAUUCACAUUGACCCGGAAUCUGUGAAGCCACCCAAGAGGAGGAAUGUGAAGAUAUCAAAGGAUCCACAGAGUGUUGCAGCAAGGCAUAGGAGGGAGAGGAUAAGUGAGAGGAUAAGGAUUCUUCAGAGAUUAGUUCCUGGAGGAACUAAGAUGGAUACAGCUUCAAUGUUGGAUGAAGCUAUUCACUAUGUGAAAUUCCUUAAAACCCAGGUGCAAUCACUGGAGAGAGCUGCUGCAAAUAGGCCAUCUGGGAUUAAUGGGUUUCCUGCUACUACUUCUUCUUCUUCAGUACUUUCUAAUCAAAAUUAUUCUUCUUUGGCUAAAGCAUAUCAGCCUGCAGCAUCAGGGUUCAUCCCUACCCAGAUGCUUAGUUGAAGAUGGAAGGAUUAGAUUGUAAAGAGAAGAUAGAUUGUUCCAUUUUAUUUACA